AAUACAGACACUUACCUGUCCCUCAAUCCAGUGGUGUCCUCACCAUGGCUGGUUUCACUGGCCGUCUUCUCUCCUUGGCGCCGGCAUCUUUAGUGUGGGCAUCCGGCUGUGACAGCUUGCGGCUUCACAGCCGGGUGCCCACUGUGCAUGCGCGAGAAGCUCUGCGCUUUGUGAAUGGCCCCGUAGUGUUCUUGGACCUGUCAUGUGUCCCCGCAGACUACGGGGAGAGAGGGGGGAGGACAAGUUUCACUUCCAAAAUGCCUAGGCGAUUCCAGCGGAAGUGGGAGUGGGUACCUGUCAAAUUUAGGUAACCGCUCCCCAAAGGUGCCAAUCCUUAAUGGGGAGCGGGGGAUUAAAGGCUUAAAGCGGAACUUCCCCUUUUGGGUGGAACUCCGCUUUAAGAGCAUAAUGCACU